AUGGACAAGGACGAUGAUGACCCGAUUUCUCUGUUUGUUUUUUUAGUACAUACAAGAAGAAGAAAAAAUCCCCGUGGGAAUGGGGAUUGCGAUGAGAGAAAUCCAAGGAGGUGCGAAUUUACGUUAUGGACCCCCACGACUCGGCGGGAUGGAGCAAAGUUGAUCUGUGUUGGACUGGAAUGCAAAUAUCGGCGGGGACUGGCAUCGCGACAAGAAAUUGCGGGUAAAACCCAAGGUCACGAGCAGAGCUCCGAGUGUCAGAGCGCCAAUGGCCGACACGUAAUUAAACCCCCCUCGACGACCGGUAGACCGGUGACCGCACCCACCUAUAACCUCCUCCCCUCUCCGCCCCACCUCGCAGAGCCGCCGCCUGUGACCGACCGGAGAGCCAGACGACAAACCGAGCCCACCGCACCAACACCAACUCCUCCUCCUCUUGCGCGGCUGCAGCUGCCGGCCAUGUCGGUGGAGACGGAGCGGAGCUCCACGGAGUCCUCCGCCGCCUCGGGCCUCGACUUCGAGGACACCGCCCUCACCCUCCGCCUCCCCGGCUCCGACCCCGACCGCAAGCGCGCCUCCACCUCCGACCCCGACUGCCCCUCCCCGACCGCCGCCGCCUCCGACUCUCCCCCUUCCCCCAAGGCGCAGGUGGUGGGCUGGCCACCGGUGCGGUCGUUCCGGAAGAACGCCCUCGCGGCCGCGGCCUCGUCCAAGACCAAGUUCGUCAAGGUGGCCGUCGACGGCGCGCCCUACCUGCGCAAGGUCGACCUCAAGGCUUACGCUGGCUACACAAGCUCUGCCUCCUACGACCAGCUCCUCGCCACGCUCCAGGACAAGUUCAUCUCCCACCUCACCGUCCGAAAGCUUGGGAACGAGGAGAUGAAGCUCGUGGACGCGGUGAGCGGGACGGAAUAUGUUCCGACGUACGAGGACAAGGACGGCGACUGGAUGCUCGUCGGAGACGUCCCCUGGAGAAUGUUUGUGGAGACCUGCCAGCGCAUUCGUCUCAUGAAAAGCUCCGAGGUUGUCAAUCUAGCACCAAGAGCUGGUCGGUGA